GGGUGGGUGAGGGGGUAAUGGAGACCGGCCCUACCACCUUGACGGGCUGUCCGCUCACCGGGCUGGUUGGCGAGAAGACGAGGGGCGUCUUUCUGCUGCUGGGGAUAUUCCUGUGUCUGAUGGGCUCCGUGUUCACCAUCACGGGCUGUCUGGAGCACAACGACCACCACCUGGAGUGGGAGAGUCUCCUGGGGCCCAUCAUGCUCUCCGUCGGGGGGGUCUUCAUGCUGAUCAGCACGUGCAGCUUCCGGAUGUUCCCCUGCCUGCUGUACCGGCUUACCGGAGAGAGGGCGGAGGAGGAGCAGGAGGCGGCGGAGGAGCACAGAGGAGCGGCUGAGCUCUCCUUUGUGUUCAACGGCGUCCAACCCCCCGUGGUGUUCCACUGCGCGGCGCAGUUCAGCCCCCCGCCGUACGACUCCCUGGCCCCGCCGCCGCAGCAGCAGCAGCAGCACCACCCCCAGCUCUACCAGCACCGCCCGCUGCACCCAGUGGGCAACAGGGGCCCGCCCCCGCCUCGCUUCCACCACCUGUUCCCCGUGGAGAACGCAGCCUUCACCUCAGAGGACGGCUUCCCGCUCGGCCGUGGCCGUGCGCUAACGAGACCAGCGAGGAGCAGAGUUCAGGAUGGACAGCAGGGGGAGGAGAAAGACGAAGACAACAGCUCCACCUGCUCUCCUCCUCCACCUGCAUACGAAGACAUCUACCCCCCUGCAUAACCACAACGACGCCUGUACGCAGGGCCUGGUUCAUAAAUACACAGAGAGGCACCAACACUAUAGUCUUGUUCUGUCCCAGCUGCUCGUCUGUGUCUUCAGUUCACAACUGCGACCUGUGUCUGCCUUUUUUGUGUUCUUCACUGAUUGACAGUCAGUUAGGUUAGGUUGUGAUUGAGCUUCUCCUGCUUGUGUUUGUGGAAUAAAUCACUGAAAUUAAUGAGUUUCAUCUCAUGCGCAGACGAGGAGGGAAGUAUUUGCACCUUGGGGGGAGGUAAUGUUGACCAUUUGUCUGCUGUUUAUGGAGGCACGUGUUGAAAUGAUCCUGAAGUGUUCCUGAGGCUGCGCGCCCAUAAACUAGAGCGUGACACCCUGUUUGGCUUGGCACCCUGCCUCUGGAGAUGUGCAGUGGGUGUGCGAAGAAAUUACACCAUUUUGAGGAAUGCAUGGAAAUAGAACGUGAAUACAAAAUAAUAUGCUGUUUACUUUUUUACCUAACUCACAUCAGCAUCCAAUGGCCACAUGUAAUGAUACAGAAAUGUUAUAGGCCUACGAAUAAUAAUGUAGGCUGGUACUUAUUAAUAAUGAUAAUUUGUAAUUAAUCGUGGAUUUCUCUUUUUGGCUUUCAUUUUAUUUUAUAUAGGCCUAUUAUUCAUAUUUUUGCCUUACAUUAUCUUCUCUCAUAAGAAUCGGAUUUAGUUCACCCAAACUGGGCUGAAUUGGCCCAUCGCCUGACUCGUGUGAGUGUGUGGGGAAUAUGGCUGUCUAAGAAUAAAAAUAAUUGACACAUGG